AUGGCUGUUUACGCGUUUUACAUCUUUAGCAGAAAAAAUGAGUGUGUUUUUGCACAUCGCUGGAAACCAGCAGAUUCAAAUUCCAUGGAGACAUUGGUGUCUCAACUGGAGUCUACGGCCUUUGAAGACGAUGUCGAGAAGCUGAUGUUCGGCGUGACUUUCUCUCUUCGAAAUUUGGUACGCAAAGUCUCUAAUGGUGCAGACGAGUUUCUAUCGUACAGCACGAAUCAGUACAAGCUUCAUUUUUACGAGACUCCAACAAAUUUACGUUUGGUUCUUUUCACAAGUCCAAAAGUCGAGCCUUUGACCCAUGUUUUGCACCAAAUCUACGCGACUCUUUACAUUGAAUUCGUCGUAAAGCACCCUCUCUAUACCCAGGUGCCUCCUCCCUUGGAGAAAGGUGGAAUAAAUUGCGAGAUGUUUCGCAUUACCUUGGAUCGAUUUGUGCGCACGCUAAGGUAUGUUAUGCUGUAUUAA